AUGUCUCGCCCGCGGCGUGACUCCUUAACACAGGGAGAAAAAACACUACAUGACCAGUCCAACCUCCUACCCAAAAGGAAACUCAUUUUCUGCCUUUGUAUUGUGUCUCUGGGCCAGCUUAUCUCUUUCGUCGAUCAAAAUGGUAUAUCCACAGCUUUACCAACUAUUGCUGCCGACCUUGACGCCCGAAACACCAUAUCCUGGGCUGGAACUUCUUCGCUCUUAGCCAAUACCGCGUUUCAAAUGAUGUAUGGCCGCCUGUCAGAUAUCUUCGGCCGCAAGACUAUCUUUAUCUCCGCCAUACUGUUGCUUGCUACCGGGGACUUGGCGUGCGGAUUGAGCGCCAAUGCAGCUAUGUUUUACGUUUUUCGCGGCGUGGCGGGUAUCGGUAGUGGUGGGAUCACAAAUCUCACCGCCAUAAUUGUUUCAGAUGUCGUGACACUGGAGCAGCGAGGCAAAUACCAAGGGAUCAUAGGUACCAUGAUUGGACUUGGGAGUGUGACUGGGCCUUUCCUUGCUGCGGCCUUUGUGUCGCGAUCGACGUGGAGAGGAUUCUUUUGGAUGUUAGCUCCGCUUGGGGCGUUCAAUGCAUUGAUGGCGUUUCUAUAUCUUCCAUCGAAGGAAUCAGAAACAACAUUGAAAGAAGGCUUGAAGAAGGUAGAUUUCUUGGGAGUACUGGCAUCGUCUGUCGGUACCAUAUUCCUACUCAUCCCCAUCUCGGGAGGUGGUGCGUAUUUUCCAUGGAACUCGCCCAUGGUAAUCAGUAUGCUUGCUAUUAGCGGUGCAUCUCUGGUCGCUUUUGUGCUUAUCGAGUGGAAAUUCGCCAAGAUCCCCAUGAUGCCGAUUACUGUUUACCGAAGUCCCGCCAUUGUUAUAUUGCUAGUUCAAUCCUUUCUUCUUGGCGCUGUAUACCAAUCGACGGUAUACUACAUACCUCUCUACCUUCAAAACGCCCAUCAGUUGUCGAGUAUUGUCUCAGCCGCUCUUCUUGCCCCUCUUGGUGGCAUUCAAUCAGUAUUUUCGACUCUCUCCGGUUUUUAUAUUUCUCGGUACAGGCGCUUUGGCAUCGUAAUUUGUUUUGGCUUCGGCAUGUGGACACUUGGUGCAGGUCUAGCUUUGAUCUUCAGGCGACAAACAAGUCCGGGUGUCGUCGUCGUACCUCUCCUCAUUAUGGGUGUCGGUGUGGGUUGUGCUUUCCAGCCCAUGCUGGUUGCCCUGCAAGCCCACUCAGCUAAGGAGAGAAGGGCUGUUAUCAUUUCGAAUCGUAAUUUCAACCGCAGUGCUGGUGGUGCAUGCGGUCUGGCCAUUUCUGCUGCUAUUCUGCAAGCACGACUCCAUGAGACUCUCCCAGCGGAGUAUUCGAACCUGGCUGAAUCCACAUAUGCCUUACCUGACAUAAAGGGGGGAAUCCCAUCCUCGGUGCUAGAUGCGUACAUGGCAGCCAGUCAUUUGGUAUUUAUUGUACAAGUGCCACUGAUAGGAUUGUGUCUUUUGGGAUCUUUCUUUGUCAAGGAUCAUGGUCUGGCGCCCGCGGAUGAAGCGCAACCAACGGGUGUACUUGAAGAUGGGAAUGAAGAUAGAAGAGUUUAG